CUUCAUGAAAAACUAUUUGGGUGUAGUGUGUGGAAAAGAAGUACCGUACUCUGCAAAACUCAGCAAUUGAAGAGUGAAGUGGUCAGUUGACCGGCGACCACUUUCUGUGCGAGAAUUGAUGUGAAAAUCACCGAAUUAACCCUUCCUUGGCUUAGUGCUUUGUGUCGACUGUUUUGCCAGUGCCUGGGGUGGCCUCGAUUUUUCAUCACGAUGCAGCAACUUCAGCAUCCUGUGCGAUCUGAGAAGGAGCACCCGUCUCUAACUUAUAAGCUCACUGGUUACAAGCGUUUCCUGUCGUUCAAGCGGAUGCUCCUAAUAGUGACCGGGCUGGGGAUGAUCGGAGUACUGGCUUCUCUUAGCUCCUCACAGCAAAUCUCGACCAUAUUGAAACAUUCUUUUAAGCAAUCGAUCUCUAUAACAAGAGGGCCCAUCUCUUUCAUCACUCAGAAUGGUUUUGUAGAGAGCGCAAAGUCGCCUGUAGAUCCCAACCCAGUCCAUCAAACCAUUAUAGAAUCUUCCACCAUGAAGUCCAAAGACAUUGAAGAUUUUUUGUCUCUGAGACUUCUGGACCAUCCCCUGGAGACAGACGUCCUUUCUAAAACGUUGAAAAGUAACGAGGCUUUGAUACUGGAAGCUCAGCGAAUUCUCCUCAGUAUGCUCAGAGAUUUGCUCGGCAAAGCUCGUCACGUGAUGCUGUUUGAAAUAGCGACGUACAGCAACAAGGGAGACCCUGCCAUAUCUGUCGGAGAAGCCAUGUUACUGAGGAAACUCAACGUCACAGUGGUGUAUUAUUGCGAGACACAUCACUGUACAGCAGAGAGCGUUGAGCGUGCGAGAAAGAUCAGCGAGUCGUAUGAACAGGAUGAAUUAGUGAUUUUAAUGCAGGGAGGUGGCAAUUUGGUAGGGUAUCAUGGAAUGGAUAUAAUACGUGAACGUGUUCUGGAUGCUUUCCCCACUAGAACUAAAGUGUUAUUUUCCCAAAGCAUAUGGCUAAACAAGUUUAAUCAUCAGAGCUUAAAGCACUGCCAGAAAAUAUACUCUAACCGCACAAAUUUCGUGAUGUUCCUAAGAGACCGCCAGUCCUUGGGUAUAGCUCAAGAAAACUUUAAAGGCAUCAAGCACGUAUUAGCCCCGGAUAUGGCUUUUGGUAUAGGAAUGCUUCCUCGUCAAUUACCUCCAGCUUUUGAUGUGAUCUGGCUAAAGAGAGGUGACGGAGAGUCCCCGGGCUAUACAAUUGACGAUUUGCCCAAAAAUAUUUCAUUCACGUACCACGUGAGCGAUUACCUGGGAUGGAAGUCCAACAGAGGAGCCACGGACAUGGAGACGUCUUUCUUGAUCGCCACUGCCGGUUUGCAGUUUCUACAGCGGGGACGGGUACUUAUCACAGAUCGUCUCCACGGACACAUUCUGAGCACCCUCCUCAACAUUCCUCAUGUUUUGUUGGACAACCCGCCUUUUCUCAAACUCUCGUCCUUCCACAAAACCUGGACGGCAAGUCAAAGCAAUGUGGUCAUGGUGACGGAUAAACACCAGGCUGUUAGAGAGGCUCAGAAACUUCUGGAGCGAUACGAUUCAGUGUUGCCUAAAGUAGGCCCUUUCAUGAGUAAAAAAAUCUGGGAACACUAAUAAUACAUUUCUUCGGGCAACAGAAACAAAGAAUGUCAUCUAGUCAGGGAGGAGCUAAUUACUUUAUUCGAUGUACUCACGCCUUACUUAGCUGACCAUAUAGAAAAGCUACCUUAGACCAAUCAAAUGUCUCUGUCUGUUGUGAGCGUUCCAAAGCGGGAUCUUUCAGACAUAGCUGACAGUAGGGUUUAGUUUCUUUGUCGAUACCAAACGCACAGGUUAGAUUUCUUACGUACAGUGAUUUUGAGGAAUUGUGGAGUAGCAAGCAUAAAAGUAGGCGCAAUUGAAAGAUAUCCUCUAUGUAGUAUCGACAGUCUUUGAUUGUCCAGGUGGAGGGAAGAUACAGGAAUUUGAAACGUUUCACAAAGCAGGAAUCACGAAGGAAUAUAGCAACUUUGGAGCCGUUGCCUUGAUCAGUCAUACUAUGAUAAACAGGGCACCACUGACCAUCAUUCUGCGUGUAUAUUUUAUGAGAAAAUGUAGAAGAGGGACUGUCGGAUUGCCAUUUAGGCUGCAGAUCUAACAGAGGCACGAUAGGCAUUCUGUCUGUCCUUCAAAUAAUAAUAAAGACAAUAAGAAACAGCAACCAAGAACCUUCUUCACAUUUAUAGACUCCAACAAGGCGUGUGAUGGUGUCAUUUACCUUCAACUACUUGAAACGAUGCCACUGAUGGGUUUCCCGAGACACCAGGUCUCAUUCCUAGCUGAAUUCUAUGAGAACCAAAAUCCAACCACAAGAUGGAAAGGUAAGCAUUUAAAGUAUUUUGAUAUUAUAAAAGGAACUAGUCAAGGCUUUAUCCUCUCGCCCCAUCUCUUCAACAUUAUCAUACAGGUCACGAGAGAAUCAGACAUAGAGGUGACAUAGAUGGCAAGAUUGGAGGCAGAAGCAUAACUUAUCUAAGAUACCGCGACAAGAUAUAUAACCUUGAUAUGGCAGAAAGUGCAACGGCAGCUCGCGACCGUGAAUGAUGGAGGAUCAUUACACGUCAACCUCUGAGUCAGAGAUGACACCUCCAGGUAUCCAGGUAUCGUGACAGCACAGCCCUUCUGGCUGACAACAUCAAAAGCAUGAGAAGGUUUGGUCUGUCGAGACGAUGCUGCUGGCAAUAAAAUCAGGUCUGAAGCCAAGAAGACCAGAGCCAUGCUCAUUACAGGAAUAGAAAGCCAAAUCCUCUAACAAAUAAACAUAAGUGAAAUAAAGCUGGAAAUUGUAACAGCCUUCAAAUACUUAGGUUCAAUGAAAAAAGGCGGAUGGGACAUGUAUUUAGAGAGUAUGGUGCAGAAUAAUUAUGGCCAAACAAAUUAUGGUACAUUGUACAACAAAACAGAUAUGGAAAGAUAGGAGAGUACUCAGAGAACUUUAAGUUAGAAUUUCGAAGUGCCAUUUAGCCAGUACAUGUAGUUAUGUAUGGGAAUGAAGCUUGAAUAUUAAAACGGGAACGUUAAUUCGGAAUCCAAGUAGCAGAAAUGUGGUUUUAGAGAAGACUGUUCUGGGUCAAAUGGACUGAUAAAGUAAAGAACAAAAAAAGAGUUCUGAAAGAACUUGAUACACUCGGCAGAAUGCUUUCGGAGACCGGCAAAAAGAAAGGCAAGUACCUUGGUCACGCAGACAGAAAUAAAAUCAGACUUGAUGACAGCUAUACUGUGGGGAAAAUAGAGGCAAAGAGAACUGGGAAAGACGUCCUACAUCGUACAUUGAAAUCGUAUAACCCGACGGUGACAGAUGGACGCCUGUUGUAGCAAGGGGUCGGGCAGCAGCCAUAGUGACAUGUGACGACAGCAGACGCAUGGCUGAACAGGACAGUGAGCAGGGUGCUGAUUUACAUGGAGAUGAUUUAUUAUAAAUCUAAUUAGUUAUUUAGUUUAGUUUGAUUUAAUAGUAUGUUCCCUUUGUUUGAUUUUGUUCCUUCGCUUUUCAGCAGCUGCAUCAUCUUAUAGAAAAUACUUUCUCUUUUUGGGGAAAGAAGACGAGAACUUAGUCAAUUAAGGACUGGUAUGAUGGGUUGUUGUAGUUUUUUAUGGGGGGGGGGUAUUUUGGGGGGUGGGGUUGUUUGGUUUUUUUGCUUGUUUGUUUCUUUUCUUGUUGUUUUGUGUUGUUGUUAUUGUUUUUAGGGGGGUGGGGGGGUCACUCUUCACAUUCUCGAUUUGCUUAGGUCUUUUGAGCAGUGAAGACACGCACAAAGGGGUAUACGAGACAUUUUUAUUGAGGAAGUGGGUUGAUAAAAUGAGACAUUUUUCAAAAAUAACUCUUUUAAAAUCCUGCAUGCCACGGUUCUUCGAAUUUGCCCUAUUUACGAAUAAAGUAGCUGCUUGUCUUUUA